GCGCAAAACAUAAAGUGCUUGCCGAUGCAAGAAGGCAGUGCGGACAGAGUCCUCUCCUUGCACCUAUGUGGUCUUCGUUUUUCUUAGCAACACGGCAACACCCAAUACCUUCGUUCCCUUCUCUGAAAAAAAAUGAAGUCUGCGCACAUCCUUGUACAACUCCUGUUCCUUAGCCUUCGUUCAGCAGCCAGCGCUGCCACCGGCGGGGACCAAUUCGUCUACUCCGGAUUCUCGGGCACCAAGCUCACGGCCGACGGUACGGCCACGGUCACAUCAGACGGCCUCCUCGAGCUCACUAAUGGCAGCACCCUACUUAAGGGCCACGCGUUCCACCCCUCCCCGUUGCGCUUCGUCAGGUCUCCCAAUGGAACGGUGCAGUCCUUCUCCGCCACCUUCGUGUUCGCCAUCCUCUCUGUCUACACCGACCUGAGCGCCCACGGCAUGGCCUUCAUCGUAGCGCGGGACAGGAACUUCUCGGCCGCACUGGCUGGGCAGUACCUGGGCCUCACGGACAUCCAGAACAACCGGAACCACAGCAACCACUUCUUCGCCGUCGAGCUCGACACCAUCCAGAACAACGAGCUCAACGACGUCAACGCCAACCAUGUCGGCGCCAACGUCAACGGCCUUAUAUCGCUGCAGUCCCAUCCUGCCGGCUAUUAUGAUGACAACGACGGUAGCUUCCGCAACUUGACUCUAAUUAGCCGUGAGGCUAUGCAGGUGUGGGUGGACUACGACGACAAGAUCGCAGAGAUCACCGUGACCAUGGCUCCUCUCACGAUGGGCAGACCUGUGAAGCCAUUGUUCACAGGCACCUACAACCUCACCACCGUGGUUACAGAUGUCGCGUACGUCGGCUUCUCCUCGGCGACGGGCACAAUAAACACGCGACACUACGUGCUCGGUUGGAGCUUUGCGAUGAAUGGCCCUGCGCCAGUCAUUGACGUUGCUAAGCUUCCAAAGCUUCCACGGGUGGGCCCUAAGCCUCGAUCCAAGGUACUAGAAGUUGUUCUGCCAAUAGCAACCGGGACAUUCGUGCUUGCUGUGGGCACCAUCGUUAUUUUGCUGCUAUGUAGGCAUCGGAGAUAUGCUGAGGUGAGGGAAGAUUGGGAGCUUGAGUUUGGACCACACAGGUUCUCAUACAAAGAUUUGUUCCAUGCAACACAAGGAUUUGAGGACAAGCACCUAUUAGGCAUCGGAGGAUUCGGGAGAGUAUACAAGGGUAUACUUGCAGAGUCUAAGAUGGAGAUUGCGGUGAAGAAGGUCUCACAUGACUCAAAGCAAGGCAUUAAGGAGUUUGUCGCAGAGGUUGUGAGCAUAGGGCGUCUGCAACACCGCAAUCUUGCGCCAUUACUUGGCUAUUGCCGGAGAAGAGAUGAACUGUUCCUAGUGUACGAGUACAUGCCAAACGGAAGUGUUGACAAAUACUUGCAUAGUAGAGAAGACAAGCUCAAGCUGAAUUGGGCUCAAAGGUGGGCUAUCAUCAAAGGGAUUGCAUCUUGCUUGGUCUACCUUCAUGAAGAGUGGGAGAAAGUUGUCAUCCACCGGGACAUCAAAGCAAGUAAUGUUCUUCUUGAUAGCGACAUGAAUGGACGGCUCGGCGACUUUGGCCUCGCAAGGUUGUAUGACCAUGGUACUGACCCACAUACCACACGUGUGGUCGGAACAAUGGGAUAUCUGGCCCCAGAGCUAGGACAUACUAGCAAAGCAACCCCUCUUACCGAUGUUUUUGCUUUCGGCAUAUUCAUUCUCGAGGUUACAUGUGGGCAGAGGCCUAUCACUCCAAGCUCACGUGAUAGCCAAAUAAUAUUGGUUGACUGGAUUCUUGAGCAAUGGAAUAACGGAUCGCUACCUGAUACUGUGGAUAAACGGCUUGAGAGCAACUACAAUGUUGAUGAGGCAUGUCUAGCUCUAAAGCUCGGAAUGUUAUGUUCUCACCCAUUCGCUAAUGCAAGACCAACUAUGAGACAAGUCAUGCAAUAUCUUCACGGAGAGAUGCCAUUGCCGGAGAUGACACCAACAGAUUUAAGCUUUCAAAUGAUGGCCAUAAUGCAGAAUGAAGGAUUUGACGAAUUCAACAUGGCUUACCGUUCAUCCACAGUAAGCAUUGGCAGCAAAUCUGCCAUUUCAGUUGGAAGGUGAACCACAUGGUUUUCGAUGUAACCUUGAUUCAAGUGAUUUUUUAAUUUUACCUUUAGUACACCAAAAUGUUACUCCCGUCAACUUUGUGUUAAAUUCAAGACACUUAUUAUGAAUCGGAGGGAGUAUUGUAACAGUAGAUGUCAAAGAUGUGCAACAAUACGUGUCCACUAUAUAACUUCACGUGGAAACUUAUUUCUUGGUUGGAAUUUUGCAACAAAUGA